UCCAUUCGCGCCUUCUUCUUCUUCUCCUCUUCUUCUUUGAUCUCUUCGUUCCUUCCCAAAAAGAUCCAAGCUUUCAUUCUCCUUUAUCUUGGAUUCGAGUUCCGGGGAUGGAGAGCUCGCAGAGGAGAGCGGGGAUGGUUCCUUUAUCGCCCUCGCAUGCUCCUAGGCCAAGCGAGAAGCUCGGAAAUGGGAGUUCAAAUGGCAAGCAUCAUGAUAGAGAUAAGGGUCUCAAUGUUCAAGUCCUCCUUCGAUGCAGGCCUUUAAGCGAGGAGGAAAUUAGGGCAAACGUUCCAAUGGGCAUAGCUUGUGAGGAGAUCCGGAGAGAAGUUUCUGCAUUUCUAAGCAUGGCCAACAAACAGAUUGAUAAAACCUUCACAUUUGACAAGGUUUUUGGGCCAUCAUCAAAGCAAAAGGAAUUGUAUGAUCAAGCAAUCUCUCCAAUUGUCAAUGAAGUUCUUGAAGGAUAUAAUUGCACAAUCUUUGCUUAUGGUCAGACUGGAACUGGAAAGACUUUUACAAUGGAAGGAGAGAGGAAAACAAAGAAUGGAGAAUUUCCUAGUGAUGCUGGUGUUAUCCCUAGGGCUGUGAAACAAAUUUCUGAUAUGCUUGAAAUGCAAGCCACUGAUUACAGCAUGAAAGUAACUUUCCUUGAGUUGUAUAAUGAGGAUUUAACUGAUCUUUUGGCACCCGAAGAAUCGAAAUUCUCUGAUGAAAGGUCGAAGAGACCUAUCGCUUUGAUGGAAAAUGGAAAAGGAGGUGUUUUCGUGCGAGGUUUGGAAGAGGAAGUGGUUUGUUCUGCUAGCGAGAUAUAUAAGAUAUUAGAUCGAGGGUCGUCGAAGAGGCGGACAGCAGAAACUCUGCUUAAUAAGCAAAGUAGCCGAUCGCACUCCAUUUUUUCCAUAACGAUAUAUAUGAAAGAGAGUACUCAUGAGGGGGAAGAGAUGAUCAAAUGUUGAAAACUAAAUCUUGUUGAUCUUGCUGGUUCUGAAAAUGUUAUGAGAUCAGGUGCAAGAGAGGGUAGAGCAAGGGAAGCCGGUGAGAUUAAUAAAAGCUUGCUUACUCUUGGACGAGUUAUUAAUGCUCUUGUAGAGCAUUCUGGUCAUAUUCCAUACAGAGAGAGUAAAUUGACAAGAUUGUUAAGGGAUUCACUGGGAGGGAAAACAAAAACUUGUAUUAUUGCUACUAUAUCACCAGCUAUCAAUUGCUUAGAAGAGACAUUAAGCACCUUGGAAUAUGCACACCGUGCGAAGAGUAUCAAAAACAAGCCUGAGAUUAAUCAGAAGCUGAUGAAAUCUGCAUUGAUCAAGGACUUGUACUCUGAAAUUAGUCGUCUUAGACAAGAAGUAUAUGCUGCAAGGGAGAAGAACGGCGUAUACUUGCCUCAAGAUCGUUACUUGUAUGAAGAAGCUCAGAAAAAGGCAAUGGCUGAGAAAAUUGAGCAGAUGGCAAUUGAUCUGGAAUCAAAGAAUAAGCAAGCAGAUAGCCUUCAAGAACUUUACACUUCUCAGCAACUAUCGAACACCGAAUUGAGUAAAACCCUUGAAAAGACCCAGAGGAAAUUGGAGGAUACUGUGAGUACAAUAUAUGACCUGGAGUAUAGGAAUAAACAAGCUAACACCUCAAACAAAGAAAAGGAAUAUAUGAUUGUUCAUCUCCUCAAAUCAGAAAAGGCGCUGAUGGAUUGUGCUCAUGAGCUUAGAUCUGAGCUAGAGAACACAACAGCUGAUGUGUCUGGCUUGUUUUCUAAAAUAGAAACUAAAAAUAAGACAGCAGAUUACAAUAGAACUCUUGUCCAGAGAUUUCUUACUCAACUGACUGGGAACCUAGAUAUAUUGCACGGAAUCCUGUCAGCUUCUGUAAUUCAACAAGAAAAGCAACUCAAAGAAAUGGAAGCAGACAUGCAUGCUUUUGUCUCCAAGAAGGUCCAGUCUACUGAAGAUUUAAACAUUCACGCUGGGAAACUAAAAGAUUUAUAUUGUUAUGGGAUGAAAACAUUAGAAGAUGUUGCAGGUGAGCUCCAAGUGGACUAUCAAUCAACUAUUGAGAAGUUGAGCUCACAAGUAUCCUCACAUGCUAUAGCUCUUGAAGAUGAAAGUACUCUUAAUGAAGAAAAGCAAUUGCUAGAAAAGGUUCAAACUACAGUUGAUAGUCUACGCAAGAGUUCAACUAGUAUGACCAAUAAUCUACACAAUGAAUUGUCAAUAGCUCGUAUUUGCACUUCUUCGUACAAAAACCAAUGGAAAGCCUAUGUAGAAGAAGCUGAAAAUCAAUAUUAUGAGGGUGCCACUUCUGUAGAAAUAGCAAGAGGUGGCUUGGAAGAAGGCUUCCAACAGUGCAAGGGAAAGAUACAACUUGGUUCACAACAAUGGAGAGAUGCUCACAAUACACUGAUGAAACUUGAAGAUGGAAAUGUAUCAUCAGUGGAUUCGGUUGUCAGGAGAGGAAUGGAAGCCAAUCAGAUGUUAUGUGAUAGGUUAUCUUGUGUUACUUCAACAUCCCUCCAAAAAAUCAAUAUGGAGCAAAAGGGUUUCCAUUCCUCGAUUGACAGCUCUUUGAAACUAGACAGGGAUACAUAUGAGAAAAUUGAUAACAUGACCAGUGCCUUUCAAGAUGAGCUAAGGCAAUUAAGGAAUAGGCACUCUCACAGGGUUGCAGAAAUCACAGGAAAUACAGAGAAGUGCUUGGAAGAUGAAUACAGGGUAGAAGAACCUAGUUGUUCAACACCAAGGAGAUUGAUAAAUUUGCCAAGCAUUGCAUCCAUUGAAGAGCUAAAAACUCCAGCUUUUGAGGAGAUACUUAAGUUGUUUUGGGCUUCUAAGCAAGUAAAUGGAGAGGUAAAACACUUAUCAGGAGCACAUGAGGCCCAAUCAAGAGUACCUGUUACCCAAAAAAAUUAGGCUAUAAGUACACCUCUGAGUGUAGUGUUCUCAAUGUUAACAACUUGUCAUUCAGAUGUCAUUCAUACUCAAAAAGGAUUGUGUGGAUUGACUUUCUUGAUUUGUUUCUAUCACUCAACUAUGUUAUAUUUUACACCUUUA